GGACCCUGACAGUGUGGUGCUGUGCGUGCUGGCCACUGAUGAGGAGGAUGAAGGUGACAUCGCCCUGCAAAUCCACUUCACCCUUAUCCAGGCUUUCUGCUGUGAUAAUGACAUCCAUAUUCUGCGUGUCCUGGGCAUGCAGCGCCUGGCCACCAUCCUGGGUGAGCCUGAGCCCGGCACCGAGCCCCGUGACCUCCACUGCCUCUUAGUCACGAACCCACACACAGAUGCCUGGAAGAGCCAAGGGUUGGCAGAGGUGGCCAAUUACUGCACUGAGAGCCGUGACAAGAAUCAGUGGGUGCCGUAUGUGUGUCUGCAGGAGCGCUGA